GCGGCGUUUUGCCUCUCUCAGCGCGCGACAUAUGGGCAAGCGAAUUUAAACCGCAACCAUAUCAGUACCUUUCAACGACCAGGAUCCUCGUGCAUAUUCGCAUCCCGUCCAGAAAACUUCGCAGGCGUAAUUUUACGGAUUACAAAUUCUUCAUUUCAAGCACGGAAGACAAGAAUAAACAGUAAACACACUGUGUUUCAUAAAGGGAUUGCAAUGUUUCCGACCAAGGCGAUAAUCUUGGUGCUUCUUUUCUUUGGCAACGCAGUUUCUCUGCAGGUCGAUAUUACACCUGCACAGGGCGAGAUCAGUGUUGGAGAGUCUCGAUUCUUUUUGUGUGAAGUUAUCGGUGGGGCCAAGGAAAUCGACUGGUUUGCUCCAACCGGGGAGAAAAUUGAGCCGGGCAGAUUGGAUGUCAGCGUGAUUCGCAAUGACGAGACGUCCUCCACUCUCACCAUCUAUAACGCCAAGGUUGACAACGCUGGCACAUACAAAUGUGUGGCCAGCAGUGGUGAUCGGGAAGCCGAAGCCACUGUCAAUCUGAAGAUAUACCAAAAAAUUACCUUCACAAAUGUCCCAUCACCUCAAGAGUUCACUGAAGGGGACAAUGCCAUUAUAGUGUGUGACGUCAUAAGCUCACCUCCACCCACCGUCCUCUGGAAAUACAAAGGUGCAAAGAUCCAGUUCGAAAAAGAUGUCCGUUUCAGGACUUUGAAUAACAACCAUCUCCAAAUCCGAGGGAUCAGGAAGACCGACGAGGGUGUCUACACUUGUGAGGGCCGCAUUAAAGCCCGCGGAGAGGUUGACUUCCGCAGCAUUAAAGUGGUUGUUAACGUCCUGCCCACUAUACGAAUCCGUCAAGCAGAAACGAACGGCACCGCUGACAUGGGCUUCUCAACCCUGCUGGCCUGUGAUGCUGACGGAUUUCCUGAGCCGAUGGUGACCUGGGCACGGGAUCACCACUGUGGUCAAGAAUCCCAUGAUUUCAAGAUUGUCUGCACAAAGACCACUAAUAGAGGGGCAAAUAGAAGUAGAAUGAAAGUGAGCCAUGUAAAUAAUGUCCUUUUAAUAUCUAUUAAUGUCCUCUCAGUGAAACCCAAAAUCACAUAUCUGGAAAGCCAGACUACAACAGAAAUGGAUGAACAGGUCACAUUAACGUGCGAGGCCACCGGAGACCCCACACCCACCAUCACGUGGAGCUUCGGCACCCGGGUCUUCACCGAGGGAGAGCAGGAGCACCAAAAAUGGAUUUAUCAGGCCUCUUGGACUCGACCUGAACAGCACAAGAAUCCUGAUGGUGACGUGUUGGUCCGCAGUGACGCCCGUGUGUCUUCUCUCACCCUGAAGUACGCUCAGUACACCGACGCCGGCGAGUAUCUCUGCACCGCCCGCAACGCCAUCGGAGAGAUGGCGCAGCCUGUGUAUCUGGAAGUGCGCUACGCCCCGAAAAUCCUGGGCUCAGUAACGGUGUACACGUGGGAGGGCAACCCAGCCAACAUCAGCUGUGAAGUGCUGGCUCACCCCAGCAAUGUGUCUAUUACGUGGCUGCGAGACGGCGUCCAGCUGCCUAACGCUAACAUCUCCAAUAUCAAGAUCUAUAACACGCCUUCCGCCAACUACCUGGAGGUCAAUCCAGAGUCUCAGAGCGACUUUGGCAACUACAACUGUACUGCCUCCAAUGAGAUCGGGACCGAAUCCAAAGAGUUCAUCGUGAUCCCAGCUGAUGUGCCCUCGGCGCCGUCCAUCACUCAAGUGCAGCCGUACUCCAGCACGGCUCAGGUGCUUUUCGAGGAGCCCGAGUCCACUGGAGGAGUUCCUGUGCUCAAGUACCGAGCUGAGUGGAGAGCCGUGGGCCGAGGGAAAUGGGUGCAGCGAGUCUAUGAGGUGCAAGACGGACUGAGUUCAGUCACAGUCACCGGCCUUAAACCCGAAACCGAUUACGAAGUCAAGAUGUCUGCCAUUAACGGCAAGGGCGAAGGCGACGGCAGCCAGUCACUGGUCUUCAAAACCGAGCAUGUCCAGUAUUCUUACACAAAUGGGAUUUUUCAUUUUCACACUGAGGACACAGAAGGAGAGCCAAGUUCCCCUAUACUAGAGGGCACUCUACAACCCAAAGGCAAUUCUCUCAAAGUUAAAUGGACCAAACAAGAUGAUGGAGGGUCACCAAUCACACAUUAUUUGGUCAAAUACAAAGCUAGGGAAGACUCUGAUUGGAAGCCCGAGAUCCGUCUGCCUAAUGUGAGCGAGUAUGUAAUGCUGAUUGGGCUGGAGUGGGACACCGAGUAUGACGUGUUCGUGGUGGCAGAGAACCAGCAGGGCAAGUCCAAGCCUGGCACUCUGACCUUCAGAACCUCAUCGGAGCCUGCAGCUACCACAGACUCCAUGGAAGAUGGGACGGGCCUGAACACUGGAGUAAUUGUUGGUAUUCUUAUACUGGUGUGUAUGCUGCUCUUGCUGAUCGUGGACGCCACCUGCUGCUUCCUCAACAAGUGUGGCAUCCUCAUGUGCAUCUGCGGUAAACCCGGGCAAGGCACCAAGGGCAAAGACAUAGAGACGGGCAAAGCUGCCUUUGUUCAAGAUGUGUCUAAAGAGCCCAUUGUAGAAGUGAGGACAGAAGAAGAGGCCACGGCCAAUCAUGAUGCAGAAGGCCAUCCUGAGCCCAAUGAGACCACGCCGCUGACUGAACCAGAGCAAGUGACGGAAACUGCCGCUGCGGUGGUGGACUUGCCUCUUUCCGUGCCCACUAACUCAGACACAGUCACUGACCUUAGCCAGAGCAGCCCAGUCAGCGAGAGCACCACUCUCACCUCCAGCAUCACAGCGCCUCCCUCUGACUCUCCUAACCCCAUCCACACGACACCACCCAACAGCAGCACGCCCAAAUCUCACACCAAACCCUCCAGCUCAUCUCCCCCGUCUUCCGACCCGGCUAAUGUUACUCUCCUGGUAGACCUGGGUGAUUCCCCAGAACCACAAACUGAGGUUCCUCCAGUGGUCCCUUCAGAAGAACCAGUCCCAGUGCCUCCUCCUUCCCCUUUCAGUGCUGACCAACCAGCUGCUAUAAACUCAAAAAUCACAGAAAACGAAUUAGAGUCGCCCGAGUCUCAUGCCACUUUAAAUCCCAUCAGCCCACAGGGCAGCGUCGCAAUCCCCUUAGUGAAUCAUGAACAUGAGAUUGAUGGAGAGCUCCCACUGGCUCCAGACACAGACGUCCCUCAGGAUGGGUCACAUGCUGUGGGGACAGCUGGCUCCAGUGGCCCAUCUGUUCAAGCACAGGACGAGAAAAUUCUGGAUGAUGAGAAGAGUACGACUGAAAACGCAGACCUGAAGAAAGUUGUGCCGGGAACUGGAGCAGAGCCCAACGCCCUCACGCAAACAAACGCCACUGAAAGUAAAGCAUGAGAGGACAAGUGAAGGAGUAAAGGUGUCGUGGUGACCAGGAACGUGUUUGUUUAACAGUGCCCUUAAUGAAUUUUCUGAACAAAACGGUGUAUCUACAGACAGAAGUUUCACUUACGAUGUACUGUAUGUAUGCAUUUUCCUUUUAUUUUUGUUGAUUUAAGUAAAUUUCCAGAAGUUUCUGUAUCAGAGUAAACGGUUAUCAAAUUCAUAUAAUUCAAAGAUAUUCUUAUAGAGGUUCUUGUGUUUCUUUGUACAUUUUUUUUUCUGUCAGACGAAUAAUUAUUAUAGCAGGGCAUCAAGUUAUUCAGGAGAAUGGUUUAUUCAGUAAUACACAAACAAUUUAUUUACAAAGUACACUGUUAAAAUGUAAAUGAUUUCUCCUAUUUUUUUAUCAUGAGUGUUUGAGGGCUAGGUUCGAUUUGUUGUUAGUUUUGUACUUUAUUAUAUUUUAUCAUUAUAUUUUAUUUACACUUAACUGUUUUGCCUGUUGAAUGAUAACUCAUAAUGGAAGUUAUGUAAAGAUGAAAAAAAAUAUCGUAAGAAAUUUUAACAUAACGUUAUAUGACCGAAAGUCUGAUAAAGAUUUCAAAUUAACCAUUUGAUUUGCUGCUGAAGUCUUUAUUAGAUCAGUUUUUACAAUCAUCGUGUGUUUCUAAUAUUUGGGAUUUAUACAUUAAAUCAUUCUUCCAACAUGCUCCUAAAGCAUCAACUUGAACUAAAAUAUCUGCUCAUUUUUAUACCUUGUACCUCUGUAUCAAGAUCUUUGUUUGUCUUUUUUUUUCUUCACAAAGCUUUGUAGCAAUUGCUGAUUGUCCUUUUAUAACAUGACGGAUGUUAACAGUCCUGUAUGAAACUGAACUGAUAGAACACGUGACUCUGAGAAGAGUUCUUAUAGCAUCACUCAUUGCAUGACUGUCUGAUGUUAAACAAGUCUGGCCUGAGCUGUACGACCUCAGUUUAUGGCAGUCUGGUGGAGACAUAGUGAAGGUUGUGGUUUCUGGAUGUUUUCAUGAUUUCGAUGCUUAUAAUGUUUUGGACAGAAUGAAGGAUCAUUUUGUUCGCCCAUUGUACACAAGUUGUUCAGUUGUUCAGUGCCAGUUUGCCCCAAAACUGUAAAUCGUUUCAUGUAUAUACGGAUUUGACCCAUGAAAUAGCAGUAUAAUAGGUGAGCUUUAAAAGAACAUGUAAAUUGUGUUGUUCUAACACAUUUGAAUUA